AUGUCGGACCCAAGAUCCUCCUCCACUACCACCUCAACUCGAUUGAAUGCUCAUUCGAUGAGCUUUGAUUCGACCUCGCCCGCAAAUUCCAUCUGUAGUACCGAUUCCACCGUUGACGAUGAAGGAUUCUUGGAAUCUAACUACCUUGCUAGUGGACCAUAUCUAUGCACAAUCCCAACUCACAGCAUACCCCUCAGAGACAGCCAAAUUGACCGUGAUCUUUGGGCGGAACUUAUUGUGACAAGUCGUCGAAUCUUACAAGACUGCAGAAUCACGCAGGAGGUUCAGGUUGAGAUAAUCGGAAGGCCUUCAACUACUAUCAAUAUUGAGCCCGCACCUAUCCCGACUAUUCUUAUCAUCUUCGACAGACACGACACCCCCUGUCCGCCGGUAUCAUUCUGGUGGCGUACGGCAGCUAAGAGAAUCCAUAACAAGUAUCGCUCCCGCAUCGAGGGACUUUCGGUCGAGCUUAUCGAUAUUGAUUGA